CCAGGACCCUGCCACCCUGUCCCGCUUCAGCAUCACGGACCUUCUCCCAGACCUGCAGCACAUCCUCUUCUGGAUGGCCAACGCCAUCGAGGUCCUCUACUUCAUCCAGCAGAAAUCACCCACCUACAUCCAGAGCAUGGAGGAGGAGCUGGACGUCAGAGGCUCCAAGGAGUCUCUGUUCUCCUCGACCAUCCCAGCCAGCGAGGAGGCGAUGACGGUGCUGGAGGAGGUGAUCAUGUACACCUUCCAGCAGUGUGUCUACUACAUCUCCAAGUGUCUGUAUGUGUCGCUGCCUGCCCUGCUGGAGUGCAACCCCUUCCAGGAUGAGAGCCGGGAGAGCUGGCGGGCGUCCCCGCCACUGCCCGAGGAGCUCCGCAGGGCCGUGCUCAUCUACCAGGGGGCCCUGGACCUGCUCCGCCAGUACGAAGUGCACCCGGAGAUCACCUCCCAGAUGUUCGCCUACCUCUUCUUCUUCUCCAACACCCUGCUCUUCAACCAGCUCCUGGAUAAGGGCUCCUCUCUUGGCUGCUUCCACUGGUCGCAGGGCGUGAAGCUGCGGGCCAGCGUGCGGCUGCUCCUGGAGUGGCUGCAUGGCGUUGGCUUCGAGCAGCUCGCCCAGCAGUUCUUCGCCAAACUCACCAGCGUGGCCAACCUGCUGGCCAUGCCUGGCUCCCAGCUGGUCCAGAUGACCUGGCCGUCCCUGCGAGCCGAGUUCCCGGCGCUGAGCCCCGCGCAGCUCCACCGGGUGCUGAGCCAGUGCCAGGUGGUGAUGGAUGUGGGCUGCAUCGCAGCGUGGCAGCCCAGCGAGGAGGAGAGCCCGGCCGCCUUCCAGCCCGCUGAGGUGCUGGAGUCCUUCGACAAUCACCCGCCCAUCAUCCUGCCCAGCGGGGGCUUCAAAGUGGACCUGGAGGUGGAGACGUUGGACGACAACAUCUACCGGCACCUCCUUUACAUCCGCCACUUCCUCUGGAGCCUGCAGAGCAAGAGCCCCCGCACCAGUGAGGGGCCAGGCUCAGCACCCCCAAAGAAAGAGGCAUGCACGACACCAGAUGUCCUGGAGGUGAGCGAGAACCUGGCUGCUGCCCUGGGGAGCACCAUCACCCAGGAGGAUUACUGCUCCCGGGGGGGCUGCACUGAGCUGGACGGGAGCCCUCCGCUCUGCCUGGCCACCAAUGGCUGCCCCUGCGAGCACCCCGCCGGCGAGCCCCAGCUCCAGGAGAAGCUCAAGCAGCUGCAGCUGGGCAGGGGUCUGGCCCCCAAAGCCGGCACGGCGCCCACAGACCCCUCCUGCCUGCUGACGCCACCCACCACCCCCCUGAACUUCGACUCCGGGAGUCCAGAGUCCCCGCAGGGCACCAGCAAGGGGCUGCAGGAGCCCCGGAGGAACGGGAUGAAUGGCACCAAAGGCAGCACCCCUGAAGGAUGCUCGCCGACCCCCUACGACUACCCCACGCCAGAGUCUUCCAGCCGCAGCUCUGCCACCGAUGACUUCUGCUACGUCUUCGUGGUGGAGCUGGAGAGAGGACCCAUCGGGCUGGGGAUGGGGCUGAUUGACGGCUUGCACACUCCUCUCUGCUCCCCGGGGAUCUACAUCCGCACCCUGAUUGAGGACAGCCCCGCGGCUGCCGACGGCAGGCUCUCCAUUGGGGACCGCAUCCUGGCUGUCAAUGGCACCAGUCUCAUCGGGGCAGACUACCAAAGUGCGGUGGACCUCAUCCGCUCCGGAGGGAAGAAGCUGCGGUUUCUGGUUGCCAAGUCAGACAUGGAAAUAGCCAAAAAAAUCAGUGCCAGCUCCUCUUCCUCCUAG